AUGUCAACCAAUGAUGAAUUAAAUGAUAGUAUUGAUGGAUUACUCAAAUAUCCUGUUGAAAAUAAAUACUCUACACAAGUGUUUGUUCAUAUGCAUCCUCCAGUAAUAAACAAAACAAAACAGGAAAUCAAACAAAUGGACUACGAUUUAAAGACAUCCGAUCCCGUUGAACAAGACCAGGGUGAAAAAGUGACAUUGCCGAAUCACAGGGAAAAUGAAGACACCAAAGGAAAAACCAUUCCCGAACAAAACUGUCAGAAUAGAGGUAGGAAUGUAUUGAAAACUGAAUACCCAGACAAUAUCGACAAUCUUAAUAGUUGUGGACUACAUUCCAUUUGUGAAAAUCCUCAACAGCUUGAAUCUCGAAAUCGUAAUCUCAGUGUAGUUGAUGCUAAGAAUAAAGAGUUUCAUCAAGCAAUCCUCGUCGAAAAUAAUAGAACGCUACGCGAACGCAUUUCGACGACUUUUAAACGCAGAAAACUGUUGUGGAGAGAUGAAACUGGUAAAUUGUUAAAGGAAUUAUCCUUCUACAAAAAUGAUGUACUUUUGCCUUAA